UUCCCAACUUAUUGGAUGAAGUAAGAGGCUAAGAGCCCUAACGUACCAAAAGGAAAACAAAAGAUUCAGAAAGUCUACGCAUCGAUCAAUCCAUCACUUUCCAAUUCCGCCUCUCAUUCUUGACUUCUCUAAAACCUGUAUCAAAGCUCACAACUCUGAAACCCUGCAAAUCCAGAAUCACCAUUAUCACCAUCCAUGGUAAUGAAAUUAACCCUAUCUUAAUCGUUUAUGGCAAUACAACAACAAACCAAAAGUCAAAUUCAAACCCUACGCCCAAGUACAGCACCCCAGAUAACCCCACCUUCUAAAAAUCCAAUUUUUCACACACCAAUUUGGAUUCAAAACCUAAUCACAUAGCUUUCCCACUUUUGUUUUUUUAAUUUUAUUUUGUCCCUCUAGCUCAAACCCUAAAUUGAAAAGGGAAAAGAAAGUUUCCCAAAUUCAUGGCCACAGACGCAACCGCCAAAUUUCAAAAGAACCCCGAUUUCCGGCGGGACUUCCAUCCGCCGGAGAAUCUCCCCGCCGCCGUAACAACCGCUGCCGCAGCACACGACGGCCUCCACUUCUGGCAGUUCAUGAUUGCCGGCUCCAUCGCCGGCUGCGUGGAGCACAUGGCAAUGUUCCCCGUUGACACCGUCAAGACCCACAUGCAAGCCCUCGGCUCCUGCCCCAUCAAGUCAGUCAGCGUUCGUCAGGCCCUCCGUUCAAUUCUCCAAUCGGAGGGUCCCUCCGCUCUCUACCGCGGCAUCGCCGCCAUGGGCCUUGGCGCAGGACCCGCUCACGCCGUCUAUUUCUCUGUCUACGAGACCUGCAAGAAACGGUUUUCCAGUGGAAACCCUAAUAACCCCAUUGCUCACGCUGCUUCUGGUGUUGUCGCCACGGUGGCGAGCGACGCCGUUUUUACCCCUAUGGAUAUGGUGAAGCAGAGGCUCCAAUUGAGCAAUAGUGCUUACAAGGGUGUUUGGGAUUGUGUUAAGAGGGUGAUGAGUGAGGAAGGGUUUGGGGCGUUUUAUGCUUCAUAUAGGACCACGGUUUUGAUGAAUGCACCGUACACGGCGGUGCAUUUUGCAACAUAUGAGGCUGCGAAGCGAGGAUUGAUGGAGGUGUCGCCGGAGAGCGUGGAUGAUGAGAGGUUGGUGGUUCAUGCCACGGCCGGGGCUGCUGCCGGUGCUUUGGCUUCUGCAGUCACAACGCCGCUGGAUGUUGUUAAAACUCAAUUGCAGUGUCAGGGUGUCUGUGGAUGCGAUAGGUUCACAAAUGGUUCAAUUCAAGAUGUAAUUAAAACUAUAGUGAAGAAGGAUGGAUACAGAGGAUUGAUGCGAGGAUGGAUUCCAAGGAUGCUGUUUCAUGCUCCUGCAGCUGCUAUCUGCUGGUCUACAUACGAAGCAGGAAAGUCCUUUUUUCAAGAUUUCAAUCAACCAAAGGAUGUUGACACUGUCACCUAAAUAACACUUGAGUUGGAAUAAAGCGCUUCAAAUAUGACUGUGAAGAACCAAGCUUUUUCUAGCCCUGAAUUGGAUUAACCUAUGAAUGAAGAAACUAUUUUAUUGUACACAAUCUCAAUUUUAAUAAUGAAGUUGAUCCUUUUUGCUGUGGUUUGAAUUUUGUUAUUGUCAUUGGACAUAACAUUAUUCUAUGGAUUACACCUUUACUUGAAAUUUUGGCCUUGGUUUCAUGACAAUGUAAACUUUUUUUCCAUGAAACAUUUAAUAGAGAAAUUAAUAGAUGUCAUUUCACGUUA